UCCAACCGGUUGAAACCUUUUCCAUCCUUUCGAGCGUCAGUCGUUCAUCGCGGUUCGAGUCGGACUGUAUGCCACGUGCGGUGCGGCAAACAAUCGGAAAAGCUGUUCUAGCUAGAAUCGGAGUGGCGCGGCAUUUAGUAGCUACUUCGUGCUACUGCAUGAGGACGCCUCCGGUAGAGAACCUAUUUGUUACAAGUGCAUCAAAACGGAAGCAAGUGUAAAUAACAGCACCGACCGGUGCGGCGGUUGAAGAGAAAGAGUGCACAUGAUAUUUAUGAGACCGGGAUAAAGUGCACAGCUAGUGAUUCCGCCGCACAGCGAAAAUACGCUACAUAGAAAGAAAAAAAACGGUAGUAGAAAACGUUCGAGCCUUGGGAGGGUGCAGGAGAGAAAAAAAGAGAUACGAUAGAGGAAAUGCAUGUUUCUGAAAGCGACAUUUAUGCUCCAUAACGGGCGAGGAUAAUGAUUUAAGUGUUUAUGGUGAAGGCUCAUUACGUGGUACUUCAGUACUUGGGAAAAUCAGACGAGCACGGAGCUGUGAAGUGGAGGGAAAGGUCGCCCAGAUGAGAUCGGUGUGACAAAUGCGGUGAAGUGUGACUGAGUGCUACUGUUACAAAUUAGUCAUUAGGGGAUUAUACGGAUUUGGAUAACGUUUUGUUGGUGUGGGUUUACCCCAGGAUAUGAUACGCCAUUCAGGAGUGGGAAUCGCUUGAAAUAAAACGUUCAUGCCAUCACGAGCAACGAGAAUAACAUUUGCUCCCACAAUCAAAUGUGACAUCUCAAUCGUCGUGGAUUACUGCUGUUGGAUGCAUCGGGAACAUCAGCUGUAUGUGCAACUGAAUUAUCCUACCAUAAUUGAGUGACAUUGGGAAAGACAACAACAAAAAAAAACAAACAUAUUUCAACCGAAGAAUGCAAUGUGGUUGAACAGCUGGAAAAUGCAACAUACGCCAUAAUGGGUGCAUGUCAUCCGAUUGAAUUGGAACCACGCGGCUCAAGUGAAGUGUUAUAACAUCCAACCAUCGCGCAUCGUUGGUGACAUUUUACUUGUUGAGUGGGUGAAAUUUCGGUGGUGAAAUAAAUAUGUGGUGGGAAGUGCUCGUUUGAUCGUGGUAUAAAUUGCACAAUCACCGUGCCAAGGGUCAGCGCGCGGGAUAACCUCCGAUCGAUGUUCUCCCCAACCCGGGGUCCAGUGUCCAUAAUACAUCACACUACUCUUGCCCGGGACCAGAAUUUGUACGGAGUGGCAUAAUUGAAUGUGGUGAAUGGUACCUGGACUGUCAGCAGUAUUAAUCAAAGUUUCCGACCGCAUUGGUGGGCAUUCGAAAAAUUCACAUUAUUAUAUGACGAGUAAUUUCUGCCGCAGUGAAAAGUGGUUGUUAAUUGUUUGUGGUUAGUGCGUGUCUAACUUUGGGAUUACGGUGUUCCAUAAGUACAUACAUCAAAGCACACCGUUUGCAAUUCUAUGUUUCAAUCAGCCUAGAAGUUCUGGUGCGAUGCGAAGGACGAAGACCGGAAGGUAGAACCUCAACCAUCAGAUUUAUACACUUCUACAGAUGUUUCAAUAUAUCAACCGCGCAACAAGCGGAGCAACACAAUAGCAGCCUUAAAUCAACCACCCACCACCGUCGGGUGGUGAACAUGCCAGAAAGCGGGCCGCACAUCACCAGCACCGCCAUCAUCGCUCAUCUCGCCCGUCGUCGUUGCCCUGGCGUACAACAGGUGUAUGGAAAAAAAUGUGUCAUUCUUUGUGACGUAUUCAACAUUAACAUUGCAAAGUGAGCAACCAAAAGCAGCAUUCAAUACCCCGCACGUGCCAGGCUCGGCUCUAGUGGUGCAGCAGUGUGACAAGAAGGCAAAAAGCGUCCACGCUCCGAUGGUCGUGCAUGAAAGUCUUUACCGGGUUGUGUAAACAAGGGCAAAACCAGAUGACAAUUCCAAUAUACAUGCACAUCCUGACGCCGGCCAGUGUGGCAGCAGUUGUGUGAACAAGCACAUCGAAUGACAAGCACUUCCGGCCAAGGCGCACGGUGAGGGACUGCGAGCGGGGUUCGGUGGAGCUGCAGCCCGAUUAUUCCGGCGGUAAGCCGAACGAAGCGCAACAAAGCACAACUUUUUUCCUGGUACCUGCCGGUUAAUUAUAAAUGCACAAGCAGCGAAGCUUACCUGCACAUCGUCGCCACGCCGUUGCACUUCAAACUUUGCCCAAGAGCCGAACUGCACACACAACACGUGCCAACACGAGCGCAACGGGAAAAGUGAAACAAACCGUUUUGUAAUAAGAUACGAGCGCCAGGACCCAUUCAUCUUCCGGUGAACGGGACGCAGGAAGGAAGGAAGGAUAGAGAGAGAUACAGUGUAAAGGAACAACCGCGGUAAAACAAAACGAAAGGAAAAUAAAUGACUAUCUGGGAGUUAGCGGAUUAAUAUGGCUUGGAGUAACGUUAUGAGCAAGGGAAUCUGCUCGUGCUGUUGCUGCUGCUGCUGUUGUAAUCAGAGGCAAAUACUCGCUGUGAUACUAAUUUUUACAAUCGCCAUGGGAGCACCCCAUUCAGAUCCCAGCUCGAUGACGGCCAACUACUUGACCCCGAUGUCACCACAGGGAUACUUUGCCACCCGGAACAACACAAAAGUCACGGCACAAAAAGGUGGUACCGCACUACUUCCGUGCACCGUACUGUUACAAAGCUCCGCUCUGGUCUCGUGGGUACGGCGAAGGGACUUUCAGCUGUUGACCGUGGGUCUAUCGACGUACAGCAGCGACGAGCGCUUCCUGGUCGAACACAUCCGGCACAUGGGCCAUUGGGUGCUGAGUAUCAAAGCCGUCCGGGACGAGGACCGAGGUCUGUACGAGUGCCAACUUUCGGUGCAUCCCGUGCAGUCGGUGUUCAUCGAGCUGAACGUCAUAGAAGCCGUUGCGGACAUUGUUGGUGCACCGGAUUUGCACAUUGAUGAAGGUUCCACGCUGCGAUUGGAGUGCAAACUGAAACGAGCGACCGAGUAUCCUGCGUAUGUGUUCUGGUACCACGAGCAAAGUAUGGUAAACUUUGACCAGCAGAAUGGAUUUUCCGUAACGCCAUUCCAGCCUGCUGCCGGAACGGCAUCAUCGGCCGAAGCAACCGAAUCUAGCGGACAGUCUCUGCAUCAUCACAGCAGCCACCAGCACCACCAGCAGCAGCUGCUGCUGCAUCAUCAUCAUCAUCUGCACUUGCAUCGCCACCAUCCCCAGGGAAACGCUCUUGACGAGGACGAUGCUAGCUUUGGCAUGAAUGCACUUGACGUGAUGGGACCUCCAACGCUGCUGGAUCCCUCGUCAGACACAGCAGAGGCACUAGCUGCGGAUCUGACUAACCAGACCGGUGCAAACCACCAGCAUCAGCAGUGGCUGAACCACAGCGCUUUUCUACCGUACUCGCACAUACUAUCGCCCGUCACCAGCGUACUGACAAUCAAGGAGGUUCACUCGAAGCACGCCGGAAACUACACGUGCGCACCGUCCAACACGCGGUCCGCCAGCAUCACCGUACACGUGCUACAAGGUGAAAAGCCAGCCGCGAUGCAGCACGCCAACCGGAGCCAACUAGAGUCGGAUAGUAAAACGAAAGGUGGCGCCUCCAGCGCCCGUUCAUGCCACCAUCUGCAGCGUUCUCUUCCAGUGCUAUUGCUGUUGCUGAUGCUGCCACUUUUGACGCUGCUGGUUCCGCUGCUUCCGUCAGCAUUUCUGCCCGCCCAUCGCAGCACGGAACCGCGCACCAUUAUUCGGUCCGAUCCUUCCGUGAACAGGUGAAACCGGUCGCUGCAGGACCCACAACAACGGCGGCAGGACCUGCCGGCUAAAUUAGGUUAAACGAGAGCAAAAAUAUUAUAUCUACUAUGUACGUAGGUGGCAGGUGCAAAGUGGAUGCAAAAACAAUGAAGCCAACCAGGUGGCAAAGGAAUGAAAAAAAAUGUCGAAACAAUGCAGAACGGAAGUCAAACUGUAAAAUGAAAUGUAAAUUUAAUUUUCGGUUGCUAUCGUGCAGCAUUUUGUAUACCAAAGCUCUCUGUUUAGUAUAAUUUCAUUACAUGACCACACUUUUAGCCGACAAAAAAAAACAACGGAAAAAUCGUUCGUCAUAGUGCGAGGUGGGGGGAAACGAAAAGCUGAUUAAAGUAACAAUAAUCCAUGUAAAUAAAUAACAUAAUUGUACAGCUCUAUGUUCUCUAUGUUAGCAAUGGAAAAGAGACUAUUGAUAUUUGAUAAGUUUAAAGAGAGUGUAUAGAAACUAGAUAGAGAAAAUGUUUCAGAAUCAGCCGAAAUUAAUAAUUAAAUAUUGAAACAAAUACAAAAUUAAUACCAGAAAUAGUAUUAUUCAUAUACAGUGAAA